AUGAAGUACACGGGCUCUGUGACGGCCGCCCUGGCCUUGAUGGCCGGCCUAUCAUGCGCCUUUCCCGCCAUGGAGGAACUCAUGAAGAAGAUGCCGGCAGAGAAACGGGCGGGGUCGACCGAGUUGAUCGGCGACCUCGCGACGCUCCAGGACGGCCAGCUCACGCAGACGGGCAAGGAUGUCAAGGCCAUCCUGCAGGGCCAGGCCUCGGGCAUGGACACGACGUCCAGCUACAAAAACGUGUCGGCCAAGGGCACGCCCGAGUGCGCAAAGGACACAUGCUGCAUCUGGAAGUACAUUGCCGACGACAUGCGCAAGGCCAUGGUCGGCGAUGCCGGCCGGUGCAACGACGUCGCCCGCGGCGCCGUCCGGCUCGGCUUUCACGAUGCCGGCACGUGGUCCAAGACGACGGCGCCCGGCGGCGGCGCCGACGGCUCCACCGUCCUGGCCGGCGAGUGCGAGACGCGCAGCGAGAACAACGGGCUGCAGGCCAUCUGCUCGCAGAUGCGCCAGUGGUUCAACCAGUACAAGGCCUUCAACAUCACCAUGGCCGAUCUCAUCCAGAUGGGCGCCAACGUCGGCACCGUCGCCUGUCCGCUGGGGCCUCGCGUGCGCUCCUUUGUCGGCCGCAAGGACAGCUCGACGCCGUCGCCCCAGGGCAACAUCCCCUCGCCCUUUGACGGCGCAGACAAGCUCAUCAGCCUGUUCGCCGACAAGACCAUCAACGCCGACGGCUUGGUGGCCCUGGUCGGCGCCCAUUCCACGGCCCAGCAGCGCUUCGUGGACCCGAAGCGCGCCGGCGACCCGCUCGACACCACGCCCGGCGUCUGGGACACCAACUUUUACGGCGAGGUGCUCGAGCCGAAGGCCCCGAAGCGUGUCUUCAAGUUCCAGAGCGACAUUGCCCUCAGCAACGACUCGCGGACGAGCGGGACCUGGAAGGCAUUCGUCGGCACCGGGGGCCAGGGGCCUUGGGACGGGGCAUACUCGGGCGAGUACGUCCGUCUGAGUCUCCUCGGCGUCAACAAUAUCAACGACAUGACCGAGUGCACCAAGGUCCUGCCCCCCUUCACGCCCACCUUUACCAGCCCGGAUCAGCCGCAGCUCUCUCAAUUCCUUAACAAUAACAACACUGCCGAGACUCAGCAGUCCUCGCAGUUGAUGGGCGGCAAUAAAAUCAAUUAUGUUUAA